AUGAUAUUAAAAGACAUAUUUGAAGAUAACAAAAUAAUUUAUGAAUAUGAAUAUAUGAAUUUAAAAGGCAAUGAAAUAUUUAAUGGAGAUAAUAUCAAAAAUGUCAAAACAAUUAAUGAAAAGCUUGAAAUGUAG